GAGCAAGAUUUUCACGGUGGCGCUCUCGGCUAAACGUGCGGAGGACGAAAUUUAGCGAGGAAGUGAGAAGCUUAACAAAAAUUCAACGAAUAUUACUAGAGUUUGGAAAGUCUUUCGGUUAGUGAUUGGAAACUCUACAUUAGAUGGGCAGAUGAUCUAGCAAGGAGGAGAUUGCAUAAGCCAGUGUCUGAAGAGACUGAAGUGCCAGCUGGGCAGUAUGGCCCCUAACAACCCCUUACCUACAUGGGGUAAUGAAAAGACAAUGAAUUUAAACCCUCUUAUUCUAACAAAUAUUCAGUCCUCCCCUUACUUCAAAGUCAAUUUGUAUGAGUUGAAGACGUACCAUGAGGUCAUUGAUGAAAUCUAUUACAAGGUGAGCCAUCUAGAGCCAUGGGAGAAGGGCAGUCGGAAGACGGCGGGGCAGACAGGCAUGUGUGGAGGGGUGCGAGGUGUGGGUGCAGGGGGCAUUGUCUCAAGUGCUUACUGUUUACUGUACAAGCUGUUCACAUUGAAGCUGACCCGUAAACAAGUGAAUGGUCUCCUCACACACUGCGACUCCCCCUACAUCAGGGGACUCGGGUUUAUGUACAUUCGGUACACUCAGCCUCCCCAAGACUUAUGGACAUGGUUUGAAGAAUAUCUUUUUGAUGAUGAGGAGGUAGACGUAAAAGCAGGUGGGGGCUGUGUGAUGACGAUAGGAGAAAUGCUGCGCCAGUGGUUGAUGAAGCUUGAAUGGUUCAGCACUCUCUUCCCAAGAAUUCCAGUCCCUGUACAGAAAAGUUUAGACGCAAAGUUACGAUCUCUGCCGGUUGCACAGCCCGAGCCUGAGCCAGCACCGGAGCACAUCCCUGAUGAGAACGUGUCGUUUGGAGAAGCCGAGAGACAAGCCAGCAUGAGAGACGGAAACAGAAGUCCUGUGGAUGACAGUAGAAAGCCGCGCCCUGUGCAUCGCUCCCCUCCGCCCAGCAGAUCCCCCCAUCGUCGCCCCUCCCCUCACCGUCGCAACUCCCCCCAUCGUCGCCCUUCCCCUCAUCGUCACGCCUCUCCUGCGCGACGCACAGGCACCUCACGGCACUCUUCACCUCCUCGACACUCUUCAAGCAGGUCAAGUGAUUUCUCCCGUGAAUUGGCUCGCGAAAAAGAACGGCAGAGACGAGAGCGGGACGGCUCGCGAGAACGGAGGCGAUCUCGCUCCAGAGAGCGCCAUCCUGAUCGUCACCACGAUCGACGAUCAAAAGACUCUGAAAAACGCCACAAGCAUAGGUCCAGAUCCAGGUCAAGGUCGCGGGAACGACGGAAAGACCGAGAGGAACGACGUGAGCGACACGGUCACCGCUCACAUAAGUCACGCAAUGGAGAUUUCUAAUUCUGGAUAGUAUUUUACUUCGUUUUUACGCUUGAAGAAGAUUCCCACUAUUUUUGUUUUCGGGCGAGGCAAAUUCAGGUAUUCAAUUUGUCUAGAAUGAAUUCCAGUGUUUUUGAUGCAUGUGUGAGUCUACCUGAAACCUUGCAUUGUCUUGAUUUAACCUAGACCUGACCCGAUUGAGGUUCGGCCAACACAACUGUUCGGAUUUAAUUAUAAAGCCUUAAAAGUAAGUUCUUUACUGUUACAGUGCCUACUUAUCUGUGUAAUUACUGUCCACGUAGGUUGACAAACUGUAAACAUCGCAACAAUAUUUAGUAGUUUUAAACAUCCAUCAUUAUAUCAGCAUGGUUAUGAAAUAAAUUAUCUUAUGUACAGGGAUGAAACAGUAUUUAUCAAGAUUUGAUAGAUGACAGUUCCGGUAAAUUCUCAAUGGUCACUGUCAAAGGUUCGCAAUCUUAAGAACAAGUCAGUCCCAAGUAAAUGUACAAGUUGACUUACUGUGUCGAUUUAUGUGUAAGGAAAGAAUAUUAUUCAGGGCAAUCUUGUACAUAUCAUAUUGUAAAAAUGACGAAAAUGUCAAAUGUUCUUUGUAUUGAUUCUCUGAAGAAAUGCAGAAACCUGUUUUAAAUGUUCUGUUUUACAUACACUUCCAAAGUUCAAGCUAUAUCCUUAUCUAUGUCGGACAUUUAAAUGCUUCCUUUCAUUCAUGUGACGGUCUUUUUGACGCUCAUGGCUAAAAUGCAUUCCUGGAAAUGUCAGGGAACUAUAUGACGUCCACGAUCUGUAGACGUACUGAGAAUAUUUCAAAUAAUUGUCUUGGUCUGGAAAGAUUUAUGGUUGUAGUGACCUCCAAAAAACAAGACAAUCAGUAUAGAGGCUAACGAGGUGUAAGAAGAUAUUCCAGAUGUCCUCAGUAUGCUAACUUUUUUAUCCUUACAGCUCGUGGGUGGAAAGCAAUUUCUGCAAUAUAAUUUGCAUGUGUUGAACAAGCUUUGUCAAAUAUAUUUAAUGUUUGUCUUGGAACGAAAUUACAGUUUAUCGUUCACAUAAAGGAAACAAACAAAAAAAAAAAUAUUCACUUACGAACGCGAUGUAUUAUGAAAAUAUUUUGUCCAUUCUGGCCUUUUACUGUCUGAUUAACCUGCACCCCAUAACAGUACCCUGUAUUAUACGACAUUUUAUUUCGUAUUCAGUAUCCGUUUUGUACUCGUUAUAGACGUUGCAUUUCAUUUUAGUUUCAGGUUAUAGGUUUCAGUGCAAUUGAAAAAAAAUAGUGUCGUCCAAUUUAGGUGCGUUCUCCUGUUUUAAUUUCAAUUUUAAGUCAAGUUUCAUACAUGAAGAAAACGAGGGCGUUUUAGUGUCGAUGCACUUUUGACCAUUUCGCGCAUAGAUACAUUGGGCGUGUUUAAAGGUUCGUCUUGUCCUGAUUUAACCCCCAGUAUUGAUAACAGUACAUCAUUCGUGUGACAAGGAUUAUAUUGCGUAGACAUGCAUCAAAACUGUCUUUAUCCGAGCAUUAUUUUUAAUGAAACUUGAUGAAAAUAUUGAUACAUUGGGCAUGUUUAAAGGUUCGUCUGAUUUUGAUUUACCCCCCAGUAUUGGUAAGACUACAUUAGUCGUGUGACAAGGAGUAUGUUGCGUACACAUGCAUCAAAACUAUCUUUAUCCGAGCACUCUGACGCCUGCAAUACGUGCUGUAGACCACAUAUCGACCAAGGCUGCCUGGUGAGUCGGAGAUUCCACUGGUUGUAUGUUGGAAUGUUUGCUCAGUCACACAUGCAUGUUUAGGGCAGAAAAAUACCGAUUAACAAUAUUUGACGCCAAAACAAUUGGGUGCCAUUUAGGUGAGUGGGCUGAUAGGUCGUUUAAAAGCUUUACGUCUCCGUUUUUCAUUAUACGUGUUAAA